AUGAAUAAACAGCGAUCUCCAGCCAGUUCGGGCUCCAGGGAUUUCCACCAUCUAAGUGCUUCAUUUGCUUCGGACUGUAAAAUUCAGCCUCGGCAUGUUGGAAAAGAAAGGAUAGGUCUAUAUGCACUGGGCGAGGACGAGUCCGAUGAUCAACCCGUCUGGAAAGAGCAGGCAUUCGACCCGGAAGAUUUGGAGGGAGUGAUGAAAUACCUCCGUCAGGCAAUCAAAGAUAAUGACGCUCUACUUCGUCAGGCGGCGGAAGUGCUCAGACCCGGAGUGCCAUAUCAGGACAUAAUCGACCUUGCAGAUGCUAUUUGCGUAGAACUCAAACUCGCGCAAGAGAACUCUCCAUACCCUGAAGUCCGGGCUUGUGUUGACCCAUUCGACGAUCCUACGAUACCAGUCCUCACCUUCCGGAUGUGGGUGAUCGGGAUCUUCCUGGUGUGCUUAGGGACCGGAGUCAAUCAAUUCUUUGCACAGCGCAUGCCAACUAUUGGACUGAGCGUCACAUCGGCUCAGCUGGUGGCUUAUCCGAUAGGAUGUAUGAUGGCUAAAUAUCUACCAGAAAAGGUCUUCCGGAUAGGAAAUCAUCCAUUCACCCUCAAUCCCGGUCCCUUCAAUAUGAAGGAACACAUGCUAAUCAGUAUCAUGGCCAAUGUAUCGUUUGGCGGAGCGUUUGCGACCGACAUCAUUGCCGUGCUUAGAAUCAAGCGGUUCUUCAACAAUUCUGCUUUGGCUGAAAAGAUUGGCUUUCAAUUAACAUUGGUGUUGAGCUCACAGCUGAUUGGGUAUACUUUAGCUGGUAUGACGAGAAAGUUUCUCGUUUACCCACCAGCCAUGGUUUGGUGGGGCAACCUUUCGGAAAUUUCGGUCCUGCGAGCCUUACAUUCGACGGACAAAAACCAAUCUGUUAAUGGAUGGCGCAUCUCGCGAUUACGAUUUUUCUUUAUCUAUAGCUGGACAACAUGGAUCGCACCACACAACGUCAAAUUGUCUUUGAUCACAGGAACUGUCAGCGGUCUUGGGCUCAACCCCGUACCUACCCUUGACUGGAGUUUUAUGGCUCUGGAUCCGAUAAUCAUUCCACUCUGGUCCAUUGUAGGCUUUGAAGCAUUGAUCAACGUUUACGCCGGGGCUUGUGGUGGGUUUUUGGCUAUUUGCGCGAUAUACUUUAAAAACAUCAGAUCUACAUCCUAUUUGCCUAUCAAUACAUGGGGUGUAUUUGAUCGAUACGGAGCUCCGUACAACACUAGCAUGGUCCUUGAUGGUUCAGGUAUCCUUGAUCAGGCCCGGUAUGAAGCGUAUUCACCUCCUUAUAUGUCGGCUUCCGGGAUCGUGUGGGUUACCCAUGAAAAACUGUUUGCGAUUCUUGCUAGCUACACCGCGUUCUUUGCAUUGUACAGCAGUAAUGUUGUUCAUGCAGCGCUGUAUUACCGCAGGUAUAUUAUGUCUGGAUUCUCUCACCUUUUCUCUUCAUUCCAAGUCAGCUACCUUUUCAAGAAGUUGAAGAGAACAAGUGGAGAGAAGCUUCCAAAAUCCAACAUCCAAGAAGAUACGAUGUAUAGCGACGUCCACUGCCGCCUUAUGCAAGCGUACCCCGAAGUGCCUGAAUGGUGGUUCAUGCUUGUUGGAGUUGUUUCAAUCAUGAUGGCUAUCUUUAUGCUCAAAUAUUAUGAAUCAGAAAUGCCGACAAUGCCAAUUUGGGGUUUGGCAUUUUCCUUUGCGAUCGCGUUGGUCCUCAUAGUCCCGAUUGGAAUCAUGAGUGCCGUAGCGUCCGUAUCCGCUACACUGAACGUACUGUCCGAGCUUGUGGCUGGUUAUGCCUUGGUUGGCCGUCCACUAGGACUCAUGCUCUGUAAAACAUACGGAUACAUAACAACAGCCCAGGCAAUCGGCUAUGCUUCAGAUAUGAAAAUCCCUCCUAAAGCUCUAUUCGUAGCACAGCUGUCUGGGACUGUCCUGUCCUCGCUUAUUUCCAUAGCAGUCCUGGACUGGCAAAUCGCAAACAUCCCCGACUUGUGUUCACCAACCCAGUCCCUCCACUUCACUUGCCCAGGUCUCGACGCCUUCUUCUCCUCAAGCGUGCUAUGGGGGGUGGUGGGCUCACGGAGAAUGUUUACUGGACCUGAUGCACCAUACCGGUUUUGCAUGUAUGGGUUCUUAAUCGGUGCCAUUGCACCGGUCAUUCCUUGGAUCUUUUCGAAAAUAUGGCCUAGGUCAUCAUGGCGGCUAGUACACACCCCCGUCAUUUUUAGUGGCUUCUUGUGCUACGGAAUCUUGAAUUUGGGUUAUUACACGCCCGCGAUUCCACUCGCACUCUUCUUUCAGCGGUAUGUCAAGAAACGGUGCGCUGCUUGGUACGAAAUAGAAAAGUACGCUCUGACACUUACCGCUGGAAUCAGCUCUGGCGUCGCAAUUUUUGGGUUAUUCUAUUUUUUUGCGCUUCAAUUCAAUGGACAGAACUACCCCUGGCGGGAUGCGAUGGUUCAGCGUGCACUUUGCGGAGUAUACCACGAGAGGGCUUCGGACCCACAUCUUGGAAUUAACAGAAUCCGACAGCCCUCUCUUCAGGUCUCUGGAGGCAACAUAAUGUAA